AUGCCCGUGGGCCCGCCUUACACAGUUACAUUUAGCUGAUGUUUCACCACGGAGGAUGGGAAUGUGAGCUCACCAUCAGGACCACUCUGAUCAUUGAUUCCCAUAUAUAGCACAUGCAUUCACCCUGUCUCUGCAUCUAGAGCUUCAACCUUAAGAUUUUCAGCUUGACAAUGGCGUCAACUGCUUCCUCUCCUAACCUUUCUAUCCGUAAAACCUUCAUCACCACACAGCAAACACCCACUUUCAAAACCGCCUUUCCCAUCUUCACUAUUAACCAAACGCCAAACACUCACCGCUCUCUCUGCAUCACUACUGCCUCUCUUUCCGACCCUAAGCCCAAGCCCACCACCACUGCCGCCGCUUCUGCCGCCACUGCUACCUUUACCACCGCUCCUAUAACAACAACAAAAACGACAACCCCAACCCCCCAUGAGACCUUUAUUCCCACUAUUGCACCUCAGUUGCCCAGAAAGGGCUCUGAUGUCCUCAUUGAAGCCUUGGAACGUGAGGGCGUAACUCACGUCUUUGGAUACCCAGGAGGGGCUUCCAUGGAGAUUCAUCAAGCUCUCACCCGCUCCAAUGUAAUCCGUAAUAUUCUACCAAGACAUGAGCAAGGUGGAAUCUUUGCUGCUGAGGGCUACGCCAAAGCUUCUGGGCGCGUUGGCGUUUGCAUUGCCACCUCCGGCCCUGGUGCCACUAACUUCGUCAGUGGACUUGCCGAUGCACUGCUCGAUAGUGUGCCGCUCGUUGCCAUUACUGGACAAGUUCCUCGUCGCAUGAUAGGCACUGAUGCAUUUCAAGAAACACCGAUCAUUGAAGUAACAAGAUCCAUAACUAAGCACAAUUUUAUGGUUCUUGAUGCUGAGGACAUUCCUCGCAUUGUCAAAGAAGCUUUUUAUCUUGCUUCUUCUGGCAGGCCUGGGCCGGUUCUUAUUGAUAUACCAAAGGAUGUCCAGCAACAGCUUAUUAUUCCAAACUGGGACAUGCCUAUGAGGCUUCCUGGGUAUACAUCAAGACUGCCUAAAAGCCCUGAAAUUGGAAAAUUGGAGCAGAUUGCUAGGCUGAUCUUUCAGUCCAAGAAACCGGUACUGUAUGUUGGUGGUGGAUCUUUGAACUGUAGUGAGGAGCUAAGGCGAUUUGUUGAGCUUACCAAGAUACCAGUGGCGAGUACUCUAAUGGGUCUUGGCAGUUUCCCCUUAGGCGACGAGCUGUCGCUACACAUGCUGGGAAUGCAUGGGACUAUGUAUGCAAAUUAUGCAAUAGAUCAAUCGGAUUUGCUGCUCGCGUUUGGAGUUAGAUUUGAUGAUCGCGUGACGGGUAAAGUCGAGGCUUUUGCUAGCAGAGCAAGCAUAGUUCACAUUGACAUUGAUUCAGCUGAAUUGGGGAAGAACAAGCAGCCUCACGUUUCACUCUGUUCUGAUUUGAAGAUUGCUUUGAAAGGGUUGAAUAGGUUGCUGGAGAAGAAAGGAGCCAAGUCUAUGCUUGAUUUCUCUGCUUGGAGAAAGGAAAUUAAUGAACAGAAAGCAAAAUAUCCGUUAAGCUAUAAAAAUUUUGGCGAAGCAAUUCCUCCGCAGUAUGCAAUUCAAGUUCUGGACGAAUUAACUAAUGGCAAUGCUGUUAUUAGCACUGGUGUUGGGCAACACCAAAUGUGGUCUGCCCAAUUUUACAAGUACAAAAGGCCUCGUCAGUGGCUAACAUCUGGUGGUCUAGGUGCUAUGGGGUUUGGCUUGCCUGCUGCUAUGGGUGCUGCCCUUGCAAGACCAAAUGCUCUGGUGAUAGACGUCGAUGGGGAUGGAAGUUUCAUCAUGAAUGUCCAAGAAUUGGCGACGAUAAGAACAGAGAACCUGCCUGUGAAGAUCAUGCUAUUGAACAAUCAACAUUUGGGUAUGGUUGUUCAAUGGGAAGAUAGAUUCUAUCAUUCCAACAGGGCGCAUACAUAUCUAGGGAACCCAUCAAAAGAAGAGAUUUUCCCGAACAUGUUGAAGUUUGCUGAGGCAUGCGAUAUUCCUGCUGCGAGAGUCACAAAGAAAAGUAAGCUUAAGGAGGCUAUCAAGAAAAUGUUGGAGACUCCAGGGCCUUAUUUGCUUGAUGUGAUUGUACCGCAUCAAGAACAUGUCCUGCCAAUGAUCCCAAGUGGUCUUUCUUUCAAGGAUGUUAUUACUGAAGGUGAUGGGAGAGCCCAGAAUUGAUCAUUUUUGUGCUUGUAAAAGAAAUGUAUAGGUUAAAUAAUUUGCUUUGUUAUCAUUAAAUAAUACGCUUGCUUUGUUACAAAAUAAGUGAUUGUUAAGAAAAAAAAAAAUCGAAUUGUGAUAAACUGAAACUGGUCAAA